GUGACGCUAAGGGGAAAUAGGCCGGGUUGAUUCUGUUUCCGGUUGUGGCGGGUGCGAAGUUGUUGCCAUGGCGUAUUCUACGCUCCGGAAAGUGGCUUUGGCUUCUUGCUUAGUGUUAUGCGUAUCGCUGCUCCUACCGAAGUUUUUCCGUUCGCGGGGCUGGAGGCAGCCGGAGCCCUCCACUGUCACCCCGUCCACCGCCACGCCCGAGGGAAAAAGCAGUAGCUACUUUCCUCCAACAGCACGUCCCCAGAUGUCUCCAGAGGUCAGACCACCUGCUUCCCAGUUUCCAAGAUCUCACCUUGCUGAGGCUAUUGCCAAAGCCAAGGGUGGAGGCGGCGGAGGAGGUGGAGGCAGUGGUACUGGGAGAGGUCUUGUGGGACAGGUCAUCCCAAUAUAUGGAUUUGGGAUCCUGUUAUACAUCCUAUAUAUUCUGUUUAAGCUUUCCUCUAAAGGGAUGAUCUCAACAGCCGAGCAUAAAUACCUUCCUUCAACACCUGGAAAUAAAAACCGGAAGAUCACUGACUAUGAACUUGCUCAGCUUCAAGAUAAACUGAGAGAGACCGAACAAGCCAUGGAAAAAAUAAUCAACAGAGUGGGACCCAACUGUGAAAGCAGGUCCCCAAAUGUCACAACUGAUCAGGAGAAAAGACUUCUUCAACAACUCCGGGAAAUUACUAAAGUCAUGAAAGAAGGCAAACUCAUUGACAGCAUCUCCCCAGAGAAAGAAGCAGAAGAGGCUCCUUAUAUGCAAGACUGGGAAGGUUAUCCAGAAGAGACCUUUCCUGUUUAUGAUAAUUCUGAUUGCUUCAAGCACAGACAGGACACGAUUCUGGUAGAUUUCCCAGAUCCAAGCCAGCCUUCUGCUGAAGAGAUAGCUGAGCGAAUGGAGUUUCUGGACAAUGAGGACUGUUUACAUAGUGAAACUCUUUUGUCUGCUCUUGCCAUAGUGAACAAUGGCUCUGCAGCAGGAUCUGAGAAGAACCAGCAGACCACGUUCGGUGCUCAGAAUGGGACUGGCCAUAACUUUGAGGAGUGCUACUGUGGCCACUAUGAAGAGGAUGAUCCUGCUGUUCUAGCAGAAAAUGCAGGAUUCUUCUCUGAUAGCUGCAGCGAAACAGAAGAGGUAGUCAAAGGGGAGCUGUCAGUGGACUGCGAUUAUGGAAAUAUUGUAUCCACAGAGCAAAAGGAUGAGAAUCCUGAUGAAAUUGGUAUCCUAAGAAAGCGAAACACAAAAGUCACCGAGUUACUAGGACACUGAGGAUUGUGUACAAACGGGUCACUUGCACAGAUUGUGAUUUUUGCUUUUAGGACCAAGCUUAACUUCUCUGUUGUGUGCCCCAUUGAAAUCUUGCAACAGUGUUCAUUGUCUCCCUUGCUAUGGCCUCCAAAGAUUUUGAAAACAAAAUAAUUUUACAUAGUUUUUUCCUAUGCACUUUUCAUCAGCUUUUGCCUUCAAGAGUGCAGCUUAGAUUACUGCAUUACCUAGUCCUGUAAAAAGUGCAAAAAGUAAUCCAAGAAAAAAAUGUUCUUAUUUUUCUCAGUGUAUUUAUGUAUUAAGAGCAAAACUUGUCCUACAUAAACUGAUGUGGUUCAUUUUUAGUAACAUACAAGGGCAGCAAACGAUCAAUACAAUUUAAUCAUUAUAUAAGAAGUACAGUUUAGAUAGAUUUCUUUGUUCAUUUUGCUAAGAGAUAAAACCUUUCAUAUCUUAAAAAUGAAGAAAUUACAGCAUGCAAAAGAUAUUUCAUAGGCCGUUCAGUCGAUGUAGUGGUUUGAUUCAAAUUUCCAAGCUGAAUCUCUGAAGGGAUGUGAAAUAUCAGAUUUAAAUGGACGUUAAAAGACUGUCCAGUGAUCUGGAUUUGAAUAAGAAGAGAUUUGUUGGAUCACACAAGAGUAUGACACCUUCCUGUGAUUCAUUAAAAUGGCCUCAUUUUUAUAGGAUUGUGCAGCUGCUGCAUGGAAACCUGUGCUGCAAUCAUGCAAUCCUGAGAACAAAUGCGAUUGCUUCCUAAAUGAGUUUACAAACCGACACUGAGUUUGCAUUCAGGCACCUGUGGAUUCAAAAACAUGACUUGUGGGUCAAAUUUGAAGUGUUGCACAUCGAUAUUGGAUACUUGUGAAUCAAUCUGGAAAGAAUAAAUCCUAAUUUGGAAAUUUGA